GAUGUCUCCUCUGUCCUGAAGAAGUGGGGCGUUAAAGCGCCCUGAUGGGGCUGCGCCAGUUUGGCCGCGCUCGGUUGCUUUUGCUGGGAGGGGUUGCCUCGGUUUUGGUGCUGGCAGCUCUGUAUGGGCCCGGGCGUGGGUCGCAGCCUUUGGUGCUGUUCUUUUCUCCCUGGAGGAUCGAGAAGCAGCUCUACAAGCUUGAUCUCAGCUGGCCUAAAUUCCCAGAGCUGUUCACGGGUCAAACGUUUUGUGUUGCUGUUGACCACAUCCAUGGAUUAGUUUAUGUGGGACAGAGGGGCGAUCAUGUGCCAAAGGUCCUAGUGUUUUCGGAGGAAGGCUAUCUCUUACAAGCAUGGAAUACUACCCUCGAAAUGCCCCAUGGCAUCUUUGCACUGAACACAGCCAAUGAUAGUUCAGUGUGGAUCACAGAUGUUGGAACAGGUGAGUACGGACACACAAUUAAGCAGUACAGUCCUUCAGGCAAACUCCUUCAAGUCCUAGGUAUCCCAGGAGUAGCGGGUUCAGGGACGAACCCCGUCCAGUUCGAUCAGCCAGCAGAGAUUUAUGUGGAACACACUGGAGAUAUCUAUGUUGUGGACGGCGAUGGGGGGAUGAAUAAUCGCCUGCUCAAACUGACAGAAGACUUGAAGACUCUAUGGUUGCGUGGGGAGAAUGGUUCUGGCACAGCCCAGUUCAGGAUUCCACACAGCGUAACAGUGGAUUCUUUUGGACGGGUAUGGGUCGCCGACAGAGGCAAUCAGAGGAUCCAGGCGUUUGACAAAACCACAGGGGAAUGGCUGGGAUCUUGGAGCGACUGUUUUGUAGAAGAUGGCCCUUAUUCCGUCAGGUUAACUGCCGACGAGAAGUAUAUGAUCACAGCUCAACUGAACAUCGACAGAGUGUUAAUCUUGGCUGCCCCACCUGUAGGUUCAAUCGGAGAUUGUGUGGUGGUGGACACGAUUCAGCUGGCAGCGAGAGUCAGGCCCCACCUUCUGGAUAUCAGCAUGAAAAGCGGAGCGGUCUACGUGGCAGAAAUCGGGGCUCAGCAAGUCCAGAAAUACGUGCCUUUGGACUAACAACUUCUUUCACGCUGCACAGGGGGCUUCUGGACACGCUUGCUUCUCUGGGAUCGCCAUUGGGGGGGUGGGAAAAAAUCAAUGGAUUGCAGCGUGAGAAUACUUGAAUUGCACUUUUUCUGUGCCUGUUUCAGAGACUGAUUCUUUGUAGUUUUUAAAAACUGGGCUUUCCCCCCCAGGAUGUGUCGAAAGGGUAUACUGCUGUUUUCAAGGGGUAUAUCGCUACUUUCAAACCAUACAAGGGUAAAUCCCAACAUGGUGGUUGACACUCAUGGCUGCCCCAAAAGGAGUUCUAGUCGAGUACAGCUCCAUGAGUCAGUCAAUAUCUGGAAAAGGUUAUGUCUGCAUGUGUCACUGGCAGUUACUUGGUAGCUGGACAUGCCCAGUUAAGUGGCAGUACUUGAUUUAGUGUUCAAGUGGGAGAAGGUACAUGGAUCAUCUGGUUGGAGCACCAAGGCUGUAGGAAUGAUUGUGCUGCGUGUGUGCACUUCAGACAACACAGCUUCCUGGUGGUCUGAAGAAUGGCCAAGGAAUUCAGGUCUGUGUCCUACCAAACCAGACUCUUACAUGGUGGCUGUUACGGAUCUGUGAGAGGAAUGUAGUGUAUGUUAUUAUAUGUACAUUCUUUUUAGACUGUAUGCUUUUAUUAAGACGGUGCUGGUCACGUAUGGAGAGGCAGGCUGUAAACCUUGGAAGGGUUAGAAGGAGCUGCAGGAACAGACGAGCACAGGAAAGCGUGUACACUCGGUCUUUGGGUAUACAUUCAAGGCGACAAGCAGUUCAUCUUGCAGGAACGCCUUGGGCUGGGAGCUGAACCAGUGUCGGAUGACCUGGAAGCCUUCGUUUCUCAGAAAUAAACAGCUUGAGCCCAUGAUUUUGUCUCUCGUUUGUCAGAAAUGGCACGAUAGCCGUUCCUAAGAAGGACAAGGUUCAUUAAACAUUCGGGAGGGGAGCAGGAAGCUAGAAGGCGGCCAGAGAAAGAGCGGCGAAAGAACCACAGAAUAGAAAGCAAGUGUCUGAACAAUGGGGGUUAGCCUAUCAGUAUGCAAAGGCAGGGGGGUUAUGGGGGUUAGCCAAUAAAUAUGGGAGUUUGCCGAUAAAUAUGCAAGGAUGGAGACUA